AUAGUAAAAUAUAUUUUCAUAAGUGAACAGGAUAAGAAUGGCUCCGGUUCGCUAUAGCCUUCAUUAUGAAAGGUACUGCGACCAUCUAAUGUCUAGUUUUGGAAAACUUCUUCAAACGCAGUCAUUAGUAGACAUGACACUUAUGUGUAGUUCACAUACUAUACGUGUUCACAAGCUUGUGCUCUCAGCAAGUAGCGUAUAUUUUCAAGAAAUUUUGCAAAAGCAACCCGGAGAGCCACUUAUAAUAUUGAAAAUGAAGUUUGGCGUAUUGAAGUGUCUUGUAGAGUUCAUGUAUUGCGGUAAAACUCAAUGUCUUGAAGAAAAUGUGGACGACUUAGUAGCUGCCGCUCAAUUUUUAAAAAUAAAAGGCUUAUCUAAAGUCACAAGAGAAAGUCUUGGUAUCACUAGUACAGCCGAACUUCCUGCGUUUACUCCACCCGUGGUCAUCAACCGUCCGCCUCAGUCAAUUAUUGACUUGCAUGCAAAGGACGUAGUCCAAAUGCCAAAGUCUCAGCCUACCGCAGCUCUCGGGGAAACGGCAGUUCGCAUGCCCGGCACACCUUACAUGGAAAGUGGCUAUAGUAAGAGAAGCUACACUGACACUACGCCGUACGUAAGGACCAGACGGGGCAGACCAAGUUAUAAACGGUCUGCCCAUAACCCUUCCUGGGAAAGUAGUUUCGGAAUAGAGCCGGCCACUGAGCAGGCGCUGCUGCGGCGAGAACAGGACUCGCGUAAUACAAUUCAUCAACUAAAAAACCUGCAAUCGCAAAACGUGCAGGAUUACAUGAACAGUUUAACACUCUCUCAAGCAGUGAACAGCCAUUCAGAGGUUUCGAAGCAAAGCUAUAUUGAUAUAGAUAAUGACCUCAUCUACAUGGACCAAACGAUGUCUUCUUCAGUCCUCGAUUCGACUACCUCAUGUUCCAAGGGGACAUUCAGUAAUGAAAGCAUUACCGCAAGUUACUCCGCUUCUUCGACGACGAAUGCUUCCUCUAGCGGCGAUAAUACAAAUAAUGCUAAUAAUACAAUGUCCCAGUAUGUAAACGCUCUCAAAAACUCUGGACUCCCGACUAACUUGCCGAUACUUUUCGAAUCAGGAGAUGGAUCAUACAUAAAUGUGAAUGAACAAGUUUUGCAAGAUAUGGUUCAGAGUAGGGAAAUACAGUACGAAGUGAUCGAGCAACAGAACUUAAUGGAAGGAGUUCCAGAUCUCAACGAAAUCAAAAGUAUAGACGAUCUUUCGAAAUCUAUCGAACGCGGAGAAGUGCUCCUGGGUGGUAAAUCUCUAAAUAAUGAAGCCUCAAAUUUUUGCAAGGACAAUAAUGCAUGCAGUGAGAUAAAUGAUUUAAACCAAAUUUUGCCAGAUAAUUUGGACGCAUUCAACGAGCAAACGAAUUAUGUUGAUUUAGAAAAUAAUUUAUCCCACAUCAAUUCAAUACAAAAUGACAAUAAUAAUGAUCUUUCGUGUAUCGAUAAUGAUUUACAUUUCUUCACCAAAUCUAUGAGCGAUGAUGUCAAAAAGUAUUACGAGGGGCCUAAUUUAAGUGAUGGGAGGGAGAUGGAUCAAUAUUGUCCAGUGAGCACUGCAUUGGAUACGACCUUCAGUAUGUCAUUGUUAGAUACAAAAAGUAUGCAGUUAAGUGAACCAAUGAAUGAAGCGUACCCUUCAGACCUCAGUAGGAAUGACACUUGUUUUACCUUAGAGCAUCAAUUACCGAAUCCGAGUGAUUUUAAAGACGAAACGCUCGAUUUUUUAAUAUCAACUCCAAAACGGAUCGACGGAGAUACAAAUUAUGACGCUGAAAAGCAAUCUCAGGAGAGAAAUAAUAUUAUAAAGGAUUUAAUGAGUAUGGAAAUGAACAUCAAUAAUAAUGACAAAACUGAUGCAUUCAAUAUAACAACGGACGAACUUAAUGAAUUUUUAGACAAUACAGACCCAGAAAAGAGCAACACCAAUAAAAACGUCACAACUUCAGUGAUUUCACCUGCUGACACUCAAAAUAAUGAGCAAGAAACAACAACUUUAGACCAAACCGUUUUACCAGAAUCCAAAAAUUGUGAGGACAGCUUUGAAGACUCUAUAAAGGCACACAUUUUAGACAAAAAAAGUGUGGAAUGUAAGGAUAUUAGCAAAAACAAAGAUAUUAAAAAAGGGCUACAAGUUCCACAGACUGAAAACAUACCCUUCGCGGUCGGUUUACUGCCGUUACCAAAAAUUUCAAGGAAAGAAGACACAAUAGGUGGUAGAAAAAGAAAAAAUCAAGCUUUCAAUUCUAUGCAUGAUAUCGAUGCGAAAUGCUUAAAACGUAGAACAAAAAACAAA